UUAUAAUUUCUCUGUCUCUCUCACUGUCUAUCUCUCUAUCUACCGCUUGGUCUUCUUCUUGCUAGUAACUAUACUCUCCACCUUAACAUAUGGAUCGUCAUGUAGAUUACGGCACUCAGUCGGGCGAUGAUGCUGGGGAUGAGAUGAAGUCAAAUGAUUUAUCUUCAGCUUCAUCUGUAUCAUCUUCUUCUACAGAGAAUCCGAAUGAGAGUCAUGUGCAACUCAAUAUCACCAACGAGAAUGUAGAUGAUGAAAUUAUAACAAAUCUGAGUUCACCUAAGACAGACAGCCCAAAAACUGACAAGGAAGCACAACUUAAGAUGGUGAGGAAGAUUGCGAAUAAAAAGAAAAAGAAAAGGCAUGAAGAAUUAGACGAGGAAGAGGAGGAUGGGGAGGAGGAGGAGGACGAGAGUGAAGUAGAGGACGACGAGAAGAGGAAGAGGAGGAGGAUAGUGAAGACGAGGAUGAGUGAAGAAGUAUAAUUUCCUCUGUAGUAUUUCCUUUCUAGUGGCAACCUUCCUUUUUGCUCCUGGGGAAAGUUUAGUAUUAGCCACUUAGUCGUUGUGUGAAGAAGCAAUGGUGGGCUCUCAAUAGCUGCCUUGUGAGCAGUCCGUGUACACCAUUACACUAUCUAGGGUAGCAUUUAGG